AUGCGGAAGACCACUCUGUUUCUGGCGGUCACUUUUGCGACCUCGAAUGCCCAAGGCAGAGCCCUAAGAUCGUCCUCUCCCGCUACAUAUGGCACCACAGACGGAAGCGACUAUAUCCUGAAGACUGGCUAUCUGAUCGGGAACGGGAAGCUUGGAGUAAUCCCGUUCGGCCCACCAGACACCGAGAAGCUGAACCUGAACGUCGACAGUCUGUGGUCCGGGGGUCCAUUUGAGGUCGAGAACUAUACUGGCGGCAACCCUUCGUCACCGAUCUAUGAUGCGCUACCAGGGAUCCGGGAGAGAAUCUUUGAGAAUGGAACCGGUGGCAUGGAAGAAUUACUCGGCAGUGGGAACCACUAUGGUUCCAGCCGUGUGUUGGGGAAUAUAACCAUCGCCUUGGACGGAGUCGAAGCCUACAGCAAAUACAAGAGAACACUCGACUUAUCUGAUGGCGUCCACAGAACGAGUUUUACCAUUGCCAAUCGCACAACGGCAGCGCUCAAGUCGUCCAUUUUUUGCUCAUAUCCCGAUCAAGUCUGCGUCUACCACCUUGAAUCAGCAUCAGAUGCGCGUCUGCCCAAGGUGACAAUCAGCAUUGAGAAUCUCCUUGUGAACCAGAGCCUCCUGCAAACGUCUUGUGAGAGCGAGGCCAAACGGGCUGUUUUGCGGCAUUCUGGCGUCACGCAAGCCGGUCCACCAGAAGGGAUGAAGUAUGCUGCAGUUGCAGAGGUGGUAAAUCCUCGAUCUUCUGUGACAACAUGUCUGGGCGAGGGUGCGCUUCAGAUCUCCUCUCGCAAGAAGCAACUCACGAUCAUCAUCGGCGCGGCGACGAAUUACGACCAGAAAGCAGGAAACGCGAAGAGUGGCUGGUCCUUCAAGAAUGCAAAAGACCCAGCAUCAAUCGUGGAUGGAAUUGCCUCUGCUGCUGGUUGGAAGGGUUAUCAGAGGCUUCUUGACCGUCACGUCAAAGACUACAAGAAGCUAAUGGGCGAUUUCUCGCUCGAAUUGCCGGAUACGACAGACUCCGCGAGCAAAGACACAUCUGAGCUGAUUGAGAAGUACUCGUACGCCUCUGCUACCGGCAACCCGUAUCUGGAGAACCUCCUCUUGGAUUACGCCAGACACCUCCUGGUCAGUUCUUCCCGGCCCAACUCCCUACCCGCAAACCUCCAAGGCCGCUGGACCGAAUCGCUCACCCCGUCAUGGAGCGCCGACUACCACGCGAACAUCAACUUGCAGAUGAAUUACUGGCUAGCAGACCAGACCGGGCUCGGGGAGACACAGCACGCUCUAUGGAAUUAUAUGGCGGAUACUUGGGUUCCCAGGGGCACAGAGACGGCACGCCUGCUAUACAACGCAAGCGGAUGGGUCGUGCAUAACGAGAUAAAUAUCUUUGGGUUUACGGCCAUGAAGGAGGACGCGGGGUGGGCGAACUACCCUGCAGCCGCCGCCUGGAUGAUGCAGCACGUCUGGGAUAACUUCGACUACACCCAUGACACAGCCUGGCUGGUAUCGCAGGGUUACGCGCUCCUCAAAGGCAUCGCAUCAUUCUGGCUCUCAUCUUUGCAGGAGGACAAGUUCUUCAACGACGGCUCGCUCGUUGUGAACCCCUGUAACAGCCCCGAGACUGGGCCAACAACAUUCGGCUGCACGCACUACCAGCAGCUAAUACACCAGGUUUUUGAAACCGUGCUUGCAGCGCAGGAGUAUAUCCACGAGUCCGAUACCAAGUUUGUCGACUCCGUGGCCUCGGCCCUGGAAAGACUAGACACAGGCCUGCACCUAUCUUCCUGGGGCGGUCUCAAGGAGUGGAAGCUGCCGGAUAGUUACGGUUACGACAAUAUGAGUACGCAUCGACAUCUGUCACACUUAGCGGGAUGGUAUCCGGGGUACUCGAUUUCGUCCUUUGCGCACGGAUAUAGGAACAAGACGAUACAGGAUGCGGUCAAAGAGACCCUAACAGCACGCGGGAUGGGCAAUGCGGCGGACGCCAAUGCUGGAUGGGCCAAAGUGUGGCGGGCUGCGUGUUGGGCACGCCUGAACGACUCUUCCAUGGCGUACGAUGAGCUGCGGUAUGCGAUUGACGAAAACUUCGUCGGGAAUGGGCUGAGCAUGUAUUGGGGAGCGAGCCCGCCGUUCCAGAUUGAUGCGAACUUUGGCUUUGCAGGGGCAGUGCUGAGCAUGUUGGUGGUUGAUUUGCCAACUCCAAGGUCCGAUCCUGGGCAGAGGACCGUUGUUCUGGGGCCCGCGAUACCGUCUGCAUGGGGGGGAGGCAGGGCUAAGGGGUUACGAUUGCGAGGUGGUGCGAAGGUAGAUUUUGGCUGGGAUAAAAGGGGUGUUGUCAAUUGGGUGAAUAUCGUGAAGAGAGGGAAGGGGACAAGCAGAGUCAAGCUGGUCAAUAAGGAAGGUGACAUUCUUGCUGAGAUGUAA